AUGAUGCCCCAGAUGCAGGCUUUGUUGUUGAUCACCCUGGGCUUGCCUCUUGCUUCAACCCUUGCAAAAGACUUUCUAAAACAGCCAUUCCACCUCAGGAGCCUUGUCUGGGGAAACUGUGAGGAGGGGAAGGACCCUGUGGUGAUCAAAAGCCUGAUUGUGCAACCUAACCUCAUUGUCCAUACUGGGAGUGUGACUGUCAGUGCCCAAACCCAGACGAGUGUAACCCUUGAUGCUCCUCAGAAGGUGCAGUUAACUGUGCAGAAAGAAAUGGCCAGCUUCUGGGUCAAAGUCCUGCGUGUGAAACAAAUUGGUAUAUGCUAUGACAGCCUCUGUGAUAUAUUUGACAUUUGUAUUCCCCCUGGAGGCUUCUCCCCAGAGUCCCUGCGCAGCUAUGCGCUUCCCUGCCAGUGUCCCUUCAAAGAAGGCAUCUACUCACUGCCCAAGAGGGAAACCACCCUGCCCCACCUGGAGCUGCCUGGCUGGAGCUACCACAGCUAG